CUCUGGCGCCACAUACCAUGCAGAGCUCCAUGCAGUCACAUAUCGACGGCCACCACCCACCGCCAAUCGAUGGAAGAGAGACCACUACAUGUACUAACACUUUCAUGGAUGGAUGAUCAUCCACCAUGGCGCCUUCGAAUAAUGUAACCGUAAGUCAAGAGUCUGGUACUUCCAAUAUCCGCUACAGCAAGGAUGGUAGUCGAAGACAAGGGCGCUUGCUUUCCCUCAUGGGAGCAUCCAAUCGAAUCUCCGAAGAGUCGACCGGUAUUGACACGUACAUGUAUCUCAAUAUUGCUACCUUUUUGGCAUUCAAGCAUGUCCAACAACGAAAUGGAACUGUGAUUUCGUCAUUGCCCGAUCGAUUGGCGGGUUGUGAUUUUGAUUGGACCUUUCAAACCCGGGAUACUCAGUUCUCUGGCAGGAAGGGCGUGGAAGGGUUACUUGCCUCCACGACGACGGACUCAUCGACCAAUGAUGGGCAAUUCCCCUUUUGCAUUGUGGGCGCUAUUUAUUCCAGUGUCAGUUACCCCAUUGCCAUGUUGGGUCAAGGAUACGAACUGCCACAAAUCAGUGGCUCUGCUACCAGCUCCCAACUCGAACAUGCUCCCCUGUUUAGUAGGACCAUCCCCACCAACGAUGCCGAGGCGGAGGCAGUCAUGCUCUAUUACCAAUCCAUCGGAGUCACGCACGUGGCAUGUCUCUACAUUAAAGAUGCCUGGGGAAAUUCCUAUGCCACGGGCCUGCAAAAUGCCGCGCACACACUGGGCAUUGUCUAUGCCGGCUUUGCCUAUGACGAUGGAAAUCGAGCCGGCAUUCAAUCCGCGUUGAAGAAAAUGAAAGAAUCUGGAGUGCGACACAUUUUCGCCAUUAUGUUCACGUGGGCACCGGUGGUGGAAGUCGCUCUGGAUUUUGAAAUGAUUGGUAAUCCCGACUAUUCUUGGAUUGGUGCCGAAAUGAUCGACUGGACGUCCGGGUCUUUGGAGUUUGAUAGGCACGACCCAAAGCAACUUCAAAUGGCACACGCGUUGCGGGGAACAGGAUCCAUUCUGUUGCACGGUGGAGAGCAAAGUGUAUUUGAAGAUGUCAUGGUGGAAUUUGCCAACAGCCCGGCACUGCAGCGAGAAUACAUACAGUCAUAUCCACCAGAAGAACGACACAUUUACAACAAUUACACCUUCUUGUCGGGCGUCAAAGAUUACUUCUUCCAGCGGGCAUUUUAUGAUGCGACCUAUGGCCUUGCCAUUGCUGCUUGCCAAACACCAGGACUGUUCACUGGCACGGAGCUUUACAAUGCCCUCAUCAACCUUGAUUAUGAGGGGGUGACGGGAAGGAUUCAAUUCGACAAAAGCACUGGGACCCGUAAACCGGACUCUGUCACAGUAAGGAUCGACAAUGUGUUUUGGAGUGACGACAAUUCCGAUGAUACCUUUAUCCGGCUGGACAGCACCUUGGCUGUCACCAUCACGCAAGGACAAGUCAGCCAUCUCAUUCCAUGGCAAUAUUACGACAAUACCACCCGUGUGCCUCUGUCCCUUCCGGCUCUGGACCACGAUUACAAUUUGAUCCCUUUGGGAGUGCAGGUGAUAGGGUGGUUCUUUGGAGGCGCUGUGGUAUUCCUGAGUUUGGUGCUUGUUGGCUGGACGUCGUACAACCGAAAACUAUUUGUUGUCAAAGCGGGGCAGCCAAUGUUCUUGUCACAGCUUUGUGUUGGGACCAUGAUUAUGGCAUUGGCAGUGAUACCAAUGAGCAUGCAAGGAAUUGAAGAAAGCUCUCGUCUGGACUUGGCUUGCAUGGCAGCUCCUUGGCUCAUCUUCUUGGGGUUUGUGAUUGCCUUUUCAGCAUUGUUCAGUAAGACCUGGAGGCUCAACAAACUAAUGAACUCUGGGAUGUCUAUGCGGAGAAUUCAAGUUAAGCCGAAGGAUGUGAUCUGGCCAUUUGUAACUCUCAUGACAAUUAACGUUGGCAUGCUGCUGGGAUGGAGUAUUGUUUCUCCACUCAAGUAUGUUCGUGUUGAAUCCUUGGGCAAUGUGGACGAGUACGGUAGAAUUAUGGAGUCCCAUGGCCGAUGCAAGAGUCAAGACAGCAAGUACCUUUGGUUCCUGGUCCCAAUCUUGUUUUUUGACUUUGUUGGUGUGGCCACUGCAAGUUAUCAGAGCUAUGUUGCUCGCAACUUACCCACAACACUGUCAGAGUCGUCCUAUUUGGCCCUGGGGGUGGCCAGCUUGAUGGAAACAUUGCUGCUCGGAGGACCAAUCUACUUCAUGGUAAUGGACAACCCCACUGCUUCCUACUUGGUUGGCUCUGUACUGCUGUGUGUCAUCAAUAUGACAAUCCUUCUGCCAAUUUUCCUUCCAAAGUAUCUCAACCGAGGAAUGACUCCUCAAACCGGGAGGUCGAUGGGAUCUGCUGUUGCAGGGAGCCGUGCCAUGUCACAAGAAAGCCGGCAACUCUCAAGCCGGCAACUCUCGUCUGAGAACAUGAACUUGUCGUCCAAACGGGGUUUCAUGUAUAUUUCAAGAACCCCAUCAUCGAGACCGGCAAACGGCAGGCUUUCUACAAACAGCAGGUUUUCUAGUCACAGCAGGCUUUCUACUCGAAGCACCGAAAUGCAAAGUGUGCACGACAGAAGACUGUCGUCGAGGCAACAUCUCUCGACGGGACUGUCCUCUCGAGAGAUUUCGAGCACUCAUCUUCACACUCAGCCAGAGGAAUGAACCCCGCUGUGUGUCAAACAACAGAUUGAUGCUAAAGGAACGAGAUGUUUAUCAUUUGAUGCGUUUUACAGAUGUAUAUGCAUUUGGGGAUACUACGCAGCUAUCUUCCAGCCCCGCGAAUGCUGUUGAAUGUAGCUGCAAGUGUUUCGCUGAACCCCAGCUCCUUUCGUUCCUUCCGUUUCGUCAAAAUCCGGUGAAUCUCGUCUGCCACGACGUACGCCUCAAAGAGGGCUUCGCCAGAAAGUUCGUGCCACAGCGCAUGGGGGCUGUCCCUCCGGCAAAAGCUGGCUCCUGGGUAGAGCUCCUUUAGUCUAUCCGUUUCAGGGGCUUUGGUCAGCUCCGAGAUAAUGUAGUCCACAAUCGGGCUGGAGAACUGUCCUAGUAGAGUCAAAUUCAGAGUGUCUCCGUAGAGCUGAUCACACGCAAAACCCGUUUCCACAAAAAGAACAGACCAGAUAAAUGCAAGGGCUGCUCCAAAAGUUUUGAAGAAGAGCGGUAGUCCCCUCCAUGGCGACAGCGAGGGGCGGCAAUGUCAACGAUGAGGCACUCACAAAUCUCCAUCGAUAUACUUACGGAACAAGCAAAGGCAAAGAAUGCCAGCGUGGUGUCUAAAAACCGUGGGGGGACUCGUGUAUGAAACUGUUCCUCCAAGUAAUCCAGCCAUUGUGAAGGUUGUCGUCUCAAAGGCAUGUAUGCCAUGUCAUCAACAAUUUCAACAAUGUUGGACGGGGAAUAAGGAAUGUCACUGGCAGCGAGGAACACAGAAGAGGACGUUUCUAUGCCCUUGAUGGCGAUUUGGUACAAAUUGCUGCAAAGCAUGCUGUGUACGUAGGGACAAUCAGUACGAGUGGAGUCUUGGGUGAAUUUUCUUCACGAUGCACUUUUUGCUGGACUUACUCGACUGUAAUGUCAUCAUAUUCACCUCCCGCUGUUGUCUGGGUACCAUGAAACCACGAAGACGCCGACGUGAUUGCCACCAUGGACUUCAUGAGAGCUGCCUGUUCUGCCUCCGAUAUGAACCAAUGCUCAUAAUCACAUAUCCGAAUGGCAGAGCUGUAGUACGCCACGUUGGAAGCAUAGUUGCACUUCUCUUGUAUCUGAUAAGUUCGAAAUCCAGAGCCCAUAAUGGCCGUCUUGUUCUGUACGCUUUCGUGGUACCUACCACCCCCACCCCAAGGAUCAUCGAUGCCCGCACCCCCAACGAGCCAGGCAUUGUAAAAGGCCGCAAAGGAGGCAUCUUGAGCCAAAAUGAGGUCAGUAUCAUUCCACUUGUGAAAGCACUGCAAGAGUCGAUCCCAGCGUUGCGAUGGAUAGUUCUUGCCUUCAAAAUACUGCGAAAUGUCAUCCAACAUGAUCCUGGUUUCGUGGAUUGCCCCUGACGGCGGGAUCAACAAUGACAAAGCAUUGAUCAAAAGCAAUGGAAAAUAGCGUCUCCUGGUCAUUUUGGCUUGUGUGGUAUUUGUUGUGAGGGUAUUGUAUUGAGGCUUUCGACGACGUUCGAAGCAGAGGGGAUUUCGAGACGACGACGACGACGAGCUGUUGGUUGACAUACAACGGCACGCACCUAAGGACCCAACGGAUGCUUGUUUCCAUCGCGCAGCUGUGCUGGGCGAGCUUUGAAUCGAAUCGAAUGAAUGAAUGUCCCCAUCCUCAUCUUUGCUCUCUCUAAUCCAUAGUAAACCCGAUUUU